AUGAUAUCGCCACGGGAGCUCGAGACGCCGUUCAACAAGGCGCCGCUUGUGCGCGCGGUGACGGCGUUUUUGAUGGUCUUCAGCGUCCUCGCCGUCAUCACACGCAUCGCCACACGACUGCUCACGGCCGGCAGCCUGAAGCUCGACGACCACACGGUGAUUGCCGCGACAGCGCUGGCCGUUGCGCAGGCAUUGGUCGUGAUACUACAGGCGGCCAACGGUUUUGGUCACCACAAUGACGUUUUGAGCGCUGGGCAGAUUUCCUACAUUCUCAAGUGCAUGUAUGCGGCCAAUGUGCUGUACAUCGUCACCCUUGCCGUCACCAAAAUAUCAGCCUGCAUGACGGUCAUGAAUGUUGCGCCGCUCGACCGUAGACGCGGCAUCUUUUCCGUCAUGGCUGUCAUUGCGGUCUGGGGCGUGUCUGCCGUCAUCACCGUCCUGUUCCAAUGCCAAGUCUCGGAGCCGUGGAACUUUGUCUCGGGGAAAUGUGUGAAUUUGCCUGCGUUUUGGACGUAUUUUGAAAUCUUCAACAUCGCCACCGAUCUCGCUACCAUUGUCGCCAUCUCCGAGCUGGUCUGGAACAUUCAAGCGCAAAAGUCGAUGAAGUCCCUCGUCUUGUUCAUUUUUGGCAGCCGCAUCCUAAUUGCCCCAGCCGCCAUCUGCCACAUUGUCUACAUUACGAGGGCGGCCAAGUCAUUCUCUUCCACGGGCGAGACGUUUGACUUUUGGCCGCCGGUCAUCAUCAGGCAGGUAGUCCUGUGUCUGAGCAUAGCCACGGCAUGCGUGCCGUACCUGAAGCCGUUCCUGGACAACCUCGAGUCCGGCCAGAUGCGGGCUGGCGACGCUCUCUUGUACAUCAAGUCCGGGUCGGGCAACAGCGGCAACAAGAGCUCCCGGAGGAAGACGGCGGCGAACAACUCGAAAGCCGCCGGUACCACCACCGCCGGGCCGAGCGCAAGUAACACGUCUGGCGGUGACCCGGGGACAAGGUCGAGGACGGGGAAACAGUAUGAACUGGAAACUAUUGUUAAAAACCCCAAGGGGACAAAGACUACGACGACGAUUAUACACGACGAUGGGCAGCCCUCGUGGGAUGGGCAGAGCCAGUCGAGCCAGACAGUGCUGGUGCAACAGUCUUGGCGGGUGGACGUGGAGGCUCGUCCCAGUUCGCAGGCAUGA